AUGGUCUGGCCAUUCACGGGCACUGCUACGGCGCCCGCACAACCGACCGAACAACAGUCGGCCUGCCCCGUCGACCACACGACCCGACAGUCCUGGCUCACCGCGAACCCCUCCGCAUCCGCCUCGUCUCCCGCCGCGCCGCACUCGUUCCCUGCAUCAGACCCUCGCGCAAAACACCUCUCGACCGAGCGAGAAGUCUCGACCAUCCCGCGCUGGUUCCCCUCGUCCUCCGCCUCGACUCCCUCUGCAGCUUCGACAUCGGCAAUCAAGGAUGCUCACCCAUCUUCAGACGACCCACCUCCAGCGUGUCCGAUGCAUGAGCAGAACGUCAACUCGGCCGAGGCAGCAGCGACGGUUCCCUCGGAGGAGAACUGGGUGUACCCCUCGCCCGCUUCGUUCUACACGGCUCUCCAGCGCAAGGAGCGCAACCCGCGGGCGGAAGACAUGGACGUUGUGGUCCCUAUACACAACGCGGUCAACGAGCGGGUGUGGCAACAGAUCCUCGACUGGGAACGGAAGGCGAUGGGCUUGAAGGAAGGCGAAGAGACGGGUAGCAGGCUCGUCAGCUUCGUUGGCAAGCCAAAGGAGAUGAGCCCGAGGGCGAGGUGGAAGUCAAUGAUCGGCUACACGGCCCCUUUCGACCGACACGACUGGAUCGUCGACCGUCCGCUCCAGCCACCCGCUCUCCCAGCCGCCUCCUCCUCCUCACCUUCCUCAGCCGUCACGCCCGCCCCCUCAUCUCCCGACUUGACCCCCUCAUCUCUCCGCAUCCGCUACGUAAUCGACUUCUACACCGGCCGUUCCCCCUCCGCUCCUCUCAUCCUGCCUCCCUCGCCCUCAAAUCCCGAUAAGGGACCUGAAGAAGUCUUCCGCCCUAAUCUGGCGUUCUUUAUUGACGCGCGGCCGGCGUUGGAUGGGUGGGAGGGAGUGAGGAUGAGGUUUAACCGGUUCUGGGGGUUGGAUGCCGGUCAGGAGGCGCAGGGUGCGCAGGCGAGAGUGGCGGGGAAGUAG